AUGCCUCCUUCAUCUUUGAAAGAACACGGGAUCCACUUCCGAAUCGCCGAUUCUCCGGACAACUUGGAGAGUUGUGACAAAGGCUCAAUUGAGUUAUUCACCCUGGUCUUAAAUAUCAAAGACCUUAAAUAUACGAAUUUUGGAGGCUCCGCGACCGUUGAUAGACGGCAAUAUGAGAAGGAAUUGAAGAACGAGGCCGAAGUCCUAAGAGUAACCUGUACCGAUCGAGAGGAUUUUGACCAGAAAGCGACAAUAUGGUCAGCAGACAACCCUAGAGACUAUUGUGUUGACCAUUUCAGUUUGCCAAAUUUCAACCUCGCCAAACUUACGUUCCCGAAUUUCGAAGGCCAGACGAAGAAGACUCUAGAUCUAACAAUUGGCCUUCUCUCUUCAGAUCCAGGGGAGUGGUUUGGGCUACCCAAGGUAGAAAUGCUGAUGGACGAUCGCGUUCGGAUGUUCAAUCCCAAAUUGCUUGCUAAACUUAGUAAGGUAAGCUCCCUAGAAUAUCCAUUCCAGUUACGAAAAGGCACGCGCGUCGAACAUGUCCCCCUUGCCUUCCACUUUGCAUUCUGGGAGGCCAAAAGCUCAAGUCAACGAGCAGCAGGUCAUCAGGCCGCCAAAGUGCAAAGUGCAUUGAAAGUCAAACUACUCCUAAAAUGGCAGAAGGGAGUGAGCAGUAACGCAGGCGUGCCGUGGCAUCCGUUGGUGUGGUAUUUUAUCAGUGCCGGCUCUAGGUGGGAGAUUCUGGCGUGUCAAUUCGAGCAGAAUCGCACUGCGACGGAUGAAAUUUGCGUUUACCAAGAACUAUGGUCCGGCGACUGCACACGUAUCGACCAGGCUUUACAACUUCUAUACCUGGUCGAUCUCAUCGUGUUGUGGGGUCAGCACCAGUAUAGCCAUUUGCGGGCGCCGUUAACAGACACCACUUGGAAAUACAAGCUAGACACUAACGCUAAGACAUUUCCGUGGCUUUACCCAGGUCAAGAAAAUCAACAGUUUGCCACAUUGAAUCAGCAAGAAAGGCCCCGACGGUAUCGUUCACAAAGCCAUUCGCGACUUGAGGAUCCCUUGCACCAAAUAGGACGAUUAUCUUUAACAUGCCAUGAGAAAGAAUACCAUAUACUAGAGCGCGAUGAUUACAUCUGGAUCCUCGAUCGAAGCUCAGAAGCGGAUGACUUGUUGAUUGUGCGGGUUGAUGUGGAUGGGAACGUCUUGGCUCCGUUAUUUGUCUUCUGCUCUCACAUGUGGGGUCGCAAAUACUUUCUACGUUUCCAAAAGGAAGAAAAGCUGAGACAGCAAGAAGGUGUCCUGUCCGAGUUCAAAUGCGACUAG